AUGUCGGAGGAGCAAAGAAGCCCAGCACAGCGCCCGCUGAAACCUAGCGGCUCGAAUUUUCUCGGACAAUCAAGGACAGGAUCAGCUUUGUCAGAAGGGUUGGGAUCCGAUGGUGCUGUCGGGCGGCUCCCCAAGGACAACAUUCGGGUUCGCAUUCAGCAACGAAGCUCUCGUUUACUCUCGCUUUUAGGCCUUAAGAAUCCUACUCAUACCGUUAAACCGGACAACUCUCGUGGCACAGCCAGCGGUUCUUCCGAGGCUGAAGGAACUCCACAACAGGACGCCUUCGACCAUUCCAAAGCCUAUCCUGACAUUAUCAGACCAGGGUCUACUAAGCGGUCAGAGUCACCAACAAGCGCUGCGCAGGCGCCAAAGCAAGGGGAAGGGGAAACACCAGAUGAGGGCACUGCGUCUCCGAUCUUUGUCGAUCUGAAACGAAGCCAGUCCACCCCUGUCGAAAUCGCCAGGAUUGUAUCUAUGAAAUUGUCCACAACGUUCGGUAGUCCUACUGUUAUUCAUCGUUCGCAUCUCAACCGACCGAGCGUACAGGCUCUCCCCUUUCAAGCGUCGCUAAACACGUCUGUCAAUGCUAAUCCACCAGCCAACAUCAAUCCAAAUGGGAGUUCCGGCUCAUCAACGCCUAGUAGCAAAGGCUCACCGGGCGACAGUUUGUCCACAGCCCCUACCUCCGUAUCCCCAGGAAGUUCAAGGCCAUCAGGAGAUGUCAACAAUGGUCAGCCCAUCUUCUUUAAGCAUCAUACAUCACAUGCCAACCUCAUCGAAUGUCCGCUCAGCCCGGUCAAGGAAACACCGGUUAUCUCACCUUCUAUUCUGACGGCCGAAGCCGCUGCUAAUGCAAAAGUGUUCUUCGAAACCUACUUCCAUACUCUUUAUUCUGGAGUUGACGAUCGAACUCAACGUCAGUUGGAACUUGAUCACUACAUCCUUUCCCUUCCCCUAAGUCCCGAAGAGAAGACCAAAGUCAAGAAGCAGUGGGUUGCCCAGGAGCGGGAGUAUCUUCGCCAAUGUCGAGUCUUGAAGAGCCGUUCGCAUGGCCAAAGCUCUCGCGAUGAAACCCCAUCCCUCGCAGGGUUUGAAGUCAUAAAAAUACUAGGGAGGGGUAGCUUUGGGGUCGUUCGACUGGUGAAAGAAAAGAGCGCAGACUAUCCGCCAGGUCAGGCUACGGAACACGCCCAGUCGGUCAGGGCUCCGCUUAGCCCUAAAGGUGGCCAUCGCCAGGCAAUGACCGGGGUGAAAAAGGAUGUCUUCGCUAUGAAGGUCAUCAGGAAAUCAGUGAUGAUCCGAAACAGUCAGGAGGGUCAUCUCCGUGCGGAACGCGACUUUUUGGUGGCGUCCUCGAAAUCACGCUGGAUUGUGCCCUUGAUAGCAAGCUUUCAGGACCACAGUUACCUAUACCUGGUCAUGGACUACAUGGUUGGUGGUGAUUUUCUUGGCUUGUUGAUGCGCCAUAACAUCCUGGCUGAAGAAAUUGCCCGGUGGUACGUCGCAGAGAUGAUUCUGUGUAUUGAAGAAGCCCAUCGGCUUCACUGGAUCCAUCGCGACGUGAAACCCGACAAUUUCCUCAUCUCCGCCUCUGGGCACCUGAAGAUUUCUGAUUUCGGCCUCGCCUUCGACGGACACUGGGCUCAUGACCAGUGGUAUUUUACUUAUCAGCGGCAUUCUUUACUUAAGCGGCUUGGUAUUCAGGUCGACGGGGAUGCAGAAGACCAGAAAGAAUUGCAGGACGCUCACAACGAGUCCUCUGGUGCAGUUCGUGAGGAUGGAUUCAUGGAUGACGACUGGAUACACCCACCCACCAACGGCCUACUUGGAUGGCGCGACAAGAAUCAGAAACGUAGAAUGGCGAGGAGCGUCGUUGGGACGAGUCAGUAUAUGGCGCCAGAAGUCAUUCGUGGCCACCCCUACGACGGCCGCUGUGACUGGUGGAGCAUUGGUAUCAUUCUUUACGAGUGCCUCUACGGUUUCACUCCAUUUGCAUCCGAGGACCGCCAUAAGACGAAGAUGAAGAUCCAUCAUCAUCUACAAACGUUAUAUUUCCCCGUUCAUCGACCGACCGACAAACUGGUAUCUGCAGAAGCAAUUGAUGUUAUCAACUCCCUUCUCCAGGAAAGAGAAUUCCGCUUGUCCUCGAGCAAAUACAAGUCAAAUGAUACCCUCACUUCCAGGCCAACCAAAUGCUUCUUCUACAAGCCGGACGGCUCCAACCAGAACUACCAAGGUCUUUACGUUUAUCCCAAUGAUGCGGCUGAUAUCAAGUCUCAUCUCUUCUUCCGUGGAAUUAACUGGGACGAGAUUCAUCGCAUGUCGCCGCCAUUCGUUCCCAAGGUCAGAGGAUGGGAAGACACUAGGUACUUCGAGGACGGGGAAUACCCGACAGACCACGAUGAUGAGUCUACAGAUUCCGAGGCCGAUCAAGCAAACGAAGGUGUCUCACCCGAGGGCAAGGGAGGGCUGCAUAAACAUGAGUCACCUUCAAAGAAUGAUGUUAGACCCAGCGCGCAUCUGCCAGGAAAUGAUGGUGCCAAGGACAAUGCAAAGCCUCCUGCCAAGGGAAAGAAGAAGCACAAGGAACCCCGACGGCCACGGGACAAGAUUCUACGGGACAAACGACUUCGGAGGACCGUACUUGAGAUGCGUAAGAAGGGUGCAUUUCUGGGAUACACAUACCGACGACCUAAGGGAGUGAUAAUGGCGCUCACUCCGGACAGGGGCCGGCCCUUUGUCUCGCGAGGUCAGCUGUCAGAGUUGUAUGGAUGA